UAAAAACUUCGGUUCUGAGCCAAAUCAAAAUCGAAGUUUGUGAAAGUGAUAGUGCUUCGGAUUGGAAUAUCUGCAUAGGAAUCGAACUGUUACUCAUUUGCCCAGUUCGUCAUUUAACUACGCCACGCACCACGCAAAAACGCACACUCAAACGGUGUUCUUAAAAGGGUGGCAACAAGUGGGCCACCAGAGUUCGCCCGCAGGUAACACUACCCUCUGGCAAUGGCAAAGGAUAACAACAAUAUUAACACGGAUGAUCUCACCGGUGCAACUCCAUCUUCGUCUGUGAAAUCGACCCCGGCGUCCUCAUCCACCACAACGGAAGGUGAAAACGGUCCGAAUACGGUUGAAGCACAGUCCACUUCGCCAUCACUACCACCAGCAACCAGCAGCGCAGAAGUGCCACGAAGAGAAGAAAACCCUUUUUCCUUCAAACAUUUUCUCAAAUGGGACGGCAACCAUGCGGCGAAUGGGGCCAGCUCGGGCGGUACGGGGACAAUCCCUUCCAGCAGCAUAAAUCACAGCCGUAGUGCAUCGAGCAUAAAUGGACACGGAAGCAGUUCGCUUGCGGAUGGUACUGGUACUGGUUGCAGUAACGGCACGAAUGGAACAUUCGAUGUUAAAGCGAGCGGAAUUGUGUCUGGUCCGAACGGUACCCAUAUGGGGAGUAAUUUAGCGACGGUAACCACCGCUACCACCAGCACUGGCUCACCAUCGAAAUCGGCCACAACGAGCUCACUGAAUGUGGUAAGCUCAACGACGGGUGCCCGGCCAAAAAUUCCACAAUUCCAGUCGGUCAACACGCUUAGCAGUGAGUCGAAGAUGAAACGAUCGCCCCGUUUUCCCUCGUUCGAUUCCCAAUCCAGUUUGUCCGAUUUUGCGGAUGAUCGGUUCGGUCCGAUUUAUCAGAGUCGUAGCAAUGGUUCCUUUAACUCUGAUUACCCUGCAGGUGGUAGUGGCGGGAACAGUGGUAUGCGUGAAGAUGCCAACGGAAUAGAGCAGCUAGGCGAGCAGGUGGAAUUGCUACGUGGGUAUGUGCAACGAUCCUAUUCGAAUUAUGAUCUCGACAGCCCUGGUUCGUCCGCGGUUGGAGCGGAUCGGCGGAACGACCUGGAACCGCAUAACGAACAAUCCAGCAGAGGACUAGUAGGUGCGGCCGAAUUUUCCGCAGCUCUACCCGACUUUGUGCAGGAUCACCUCGUGAUGGAACAGUGGUACAACACACUGCCAAAGGGUACGGGAAGCGGUUCAUCGGGAUCGGCCGAUUUUGAAGAUGUGCUAGAUCUGACCGGAGUUUCGGCUAACGUUUCGGCCGGGAGCGGCGGUGGCGGAGGUGCACCACUCUCUUCAUGUAAUGAUAUACCGUUCGAUUUGACCGCGAGCAGUACUACCAGCAGCAGUCGGGCCAACCGCGAUCAGAAUGCAGCAGGUGCUGGACACCGACAUUCAUUAGGCGUUCGGCUCGAUUUUCCAUCACGUGGUGGAGCGAACCCAGCCGGACCGGAGCUUGAGUUUGAUCUUCCACCCCGAUCUCCGACUGCUUCGUCCUCGGAAUUACCACCGGACCUAACCGAAGGUAACGCGGGAGGCGUUGGUGAAUCUGGUGGUCCUGGAGGUCAAGGGGGAAGACCCCGAAUCUUCUACUUUUCCGGGAUAUCAGGACUGGGAUCGGUUUCUAGCGGGACAACGGCGGAUAAAAUUCAUCGUCUACCGGACUUCCUGUCCGAUGGUCCAAUCCAUUCGUCUGGACGGUUAGCCGACGUUACGCACGACACACCGCACGCAUCGGAAACGGCAGCAGCUGCCGCUGCUGCAUCGGACCGACGUCAACGGAUGCAGCAACGACAACGGGAAAUUCAGUACCAGAAUCGUCUCGGUGCGGAGUUGAUGGAGAAUGAGCGGUUAAGGCGAGAACUGGAAGCUAGCCGGCGAACAGUUAGUGAGCAAUCGCGCCGCAUUCGCGAGUUGGAACGUGAUCUUGAAACGAUGGUUACGCUCGCAAGACCCGGGGGUUCCAUGCCGCGUGACGGUGGCAAUGGAACGACGCAAUCGAACGCGAGCAGUUUCUUGCAGGCGAAAACGCGUGCCGCCACAGCAGAGGCCGAGAUGAAACAAUUGCGCCAGAAGUUAAGCAGCAUGACUGUCGAAAUGGAGGCACUGCAAAGGGAAAACGAAACGCUUAAGGUGGAAGCCUGCGGAGGCGCAAUUGGAGGUAGCACAGGUGCGGGCGCCAGUGCUAGAGUGCGGCAGGACGACGGAGACCGUGGUAACCGGCCAAGGCGGGAACAGUCUUCCGCAUUCUUGCGUGCACAAACGGUCGCCCUGCGACAGGCAGCAUCCACAGCGGAAAGCAAUCUGAGGCAAUUGCUAAGCGGUGUGGAAAAUCUACGAACGAUGGCGAAUCAGAUAGAAGCGUACAGAAACACACAGGACGACGUUAAGCCCGAGGCCGAUUCACCUCCCCUAGAGGAUUAUUUGCACGACAGCGACAUAAGCAGUAAUGAGGGCGACGACGACGAUGAUGCCGAUGUGCCGUUUGGUCCCGCGUUGUAGAUAAAACAGGAUGGGAAGGAAAGGAUAUACCGAGCGCUCUCUGGCGAAGGGGAAGUUAGGCGGCAGAAGUAAACCGGGCAGAUACAGUGCAUCUUGCAUGUAUUUAAGAAAAGAAUAUAUAUAUACAUACACCCACAUACCGUACGGAAAGGCUUAAUAGAUCCGUUUUUCGCACAUAUACGCACCAACCUUGUGGCGUUUGUUUGAAGAAUCAAAUUCAUCGUACAGUACAGCAAUCGAACACGGUACCCACACACUCUCACUGAAUAUAGCUUCCAACAUACGUAGCAGUGGUGUGCACAUUGGUGUGAAUAUUACACGUUGUAAAACAUUUCGUUAGCUAGCAUCAUCUACCACGUACGCUUAUGCAAACCGCUUUGGCAGGAAAGGACACGAACAGGUUUUUUAGGGAGCGUAUCACACGUGCGUAUUUGUAUGCCCCGUGUGCUGAAGGUGGCUGCAUUUAAACGCUACUAUGUGGCACACUCUAGUGAUAGGUUGCGAGUGACUGUUCGAAAACACUAACGAUCCCUACUAGGAUCGAAGAAGGACCAUCCAAUAGCGUAAAUAGUAAUACGAAAAACAAGCUUUAGUUAGAAACCAAAGCCAAAAUCGGGUGGAACUAUGGAUCUAGAUUGCUUUAAAUGCUUUUUUGUACCGAAGGCCGGAUGAAACGAUAACAGGUGGGCAUGGUUCAUAUCUCGCGUUAAAUACUCCUCGUCAAGCAGCACAAAACCGAUCAAGCGAGCGUGUGUGGCAAGAAAGGUACAGUAGAGCGGUUGAGGUUCUACGACAAAGCAAUACAGGUGUUCGAGGGAAACUUCUCCGCCAGCAGGAAUGCUUCGUCAUGCAGCGCGAUUUGUGAUGGUAAAUGGAGGAUCGGUACAGGAGGUUUUUGCGAUUGUUUUAUAGGUGUAGUUUCUGUGCAGGCGUAAUCAAAAGCUGGAUUUGAUAGAGGGUUCAGAACGCUACGGAUGAAAUCAAAACGUACAGCGUGCAUAUGCAACGAGAAAUGUAAAAGAAGCCGUAUAACAUACAUGGUGAGAUAUAUAUCGGGAUUUUCCAAAUACCCAAUGCAAAUAGCGGUUGGAUGGAAAACAACUUGACGAAUAAA